GAGCUUCGUUUCGUUCUGUGUAAGCGUUUCGAAAACAAGAGUCUUUUAACGAUUCUGAAAGCACCUUUGGUCGCCUCAAAACCAUCCGAGUAGCUGGUUUACCCAAAUUUCAAAGCCAAAAUUUCUAGAAGUCUCAAAAUUAUUCGUGUCGAUUCGUGUCUGCAACCUAUAUCUAUUUAAUUCCUUACCGUCAAAAGACCAAAUGUUUUUCCUGAAAACAACCCGUUAUCAAUCGUUUUCUGGUUCUAUCGUAUAUGUUUCUGAUAAACUCUGAUGCGUGAUUCAUCUAAUCGUUUUAUUUAUUAACUUCCCAAUGUGUGUGCUUCGAUUUUGUGCCCCGGCGGUGACGAAAACCAUCGCAGGGCCAUUGAGUUUGUGAUGAUUUCUGGGUUUUCGUCGGACGAUUUGUAGUUUUCACUUUUGAUUGCAUGGGUGAUCUUGAAGUUUGGUCGCUACAGCCACACGGCGUCUUAAACGAAGAGGGCUCCUGUCUCUCCUCUUUGUCUGCUUCUUCGUCAUGUAACCCAGACCCAUUGUCAAUUAGUGAAGCAAAUUGGAUAAAAGCCGAGCAGACGACCAAUGGGAUUAUAUGCCGGAUUCAGCCCACUGUGGUAUCUGAGCAGAGGAGGAAAGCAGUAAUUGAUUAUAUACAGAGACUGAUUAGAAAUUACCUUGGAAGUGAGGUCUUCCCAUUUGGAUCUGUGCCACUGAAGACCUAUCUUCCUGAUGGAGAUAUCGAUUUGUCUGCCUUUAGCACUCUAAAUGCUGAAGAUGCUUUGGCGAAUGAUGUUCGUGGAGUUCUUGAAGUAGAAGAGCAGAAUGAGGCUGCUGAGUUUGAAGUAAAGGAUGUUCAAUACAUUCAUGCAGAGGUUAAACUCGUCAAGUGCCUUGUACAGAACAUUGUAGUAGACAUCUCUUUCAAUCAAGUAGGGGGACUCUGUACAUUAUGCUUUCUUGAAAAGAUCGAUAGUCUUAUUGGCAAAGACCAUCUCUUUAAACGGAGUAUUAUACUGAUUAAAGCUUGGUGUUAUUAUGAGAGCCGCAUUCUUGGUGCUCAUCAUGGUCUAAUUUCUACAUAUGCUCUUGAAACAUUGGUCUUAUAUGUCUUCCAUCUAUUUCAUUCGUCUUUAAAUGGCCCCCUAGCGGUUUUAUUUAGAUUUUUGGACUACUUCAGCAAAUUUGAUUGGGAUAACUACUGUAUCAGUUUAAAUGGUCCGGUCUGCAUAUCCGCUCUGCCUGAAAUAGUGGCUGAGACACCUGGUAAUGGUGGGUCUGACUUGUUGCUUAGUAAAGAAUUUUUAAAGAGAUGUGUGGAUAUGUUCUCUGCUCCAUCAAGAGGGUUUGAGACCACCCCACGGGCAUUUCCCCAGAAGCAUCUUAACAUCAUUGAUCCAUUGAAAGAAAAUAACAACCUUGGACGUAGUGUCAGCAAAGGCAAUUUCUAUCGUAUACGUAGUGCGUUCACAUAUGGGGCCCGGAAGCUUGGUCGGAUCCUUCUGUUACCAGGAGAAAGUAUAGAGGGUGAACUCAACAAGUUUUUCAUGAACACCUUGGAUAGGCAUGGAAGUGGACAGAGACCAGAUGUGCAGGAUUCUGUCCCAACUUUCCAUGCUAAUGGGCCUGGUCUUACAUGCUCGAAGUCAGCUGUAGAGAAAGGCAGAGAAGAUAGGAUAAUUUCAGAUUCACCAUAUGUUAGUUCCAUCAGGUCAGUCGGAGAAUCUAGGAUUGAUCAUCUGGGAUCUGUUUGUGAGGGAUUCACUAACAUGAAGAUAUCAGAGACGGAAACAUAUCCUGGAAUGCGAUUUGCAAUUGAACCACAAGGAUACUCGACCAAAGUGGCUCCCCCUCCAAUGGUAUUGGACUCAGAUGGUUCUGCAUCUGGAAAUUCAGGAUAUCAUCUUGCUGGGGAUGCAAAAGAUCUUGCUACAUCUAGAAUUCAAGGUUUCAGAAACACAAGUGAGACCACUAAAUCUACGUCUCCAAGUACCGAGGCUGGCACUGCACCAUUUGGAAAAGCACAUCAUGCACCUCAUCUCUAUUUCUCCCACCCAUCUCCAAAAUGUGGGAAGUCUGGAAAUGGAAACUCCGAACGAACAAAGCCAUUUAAUUCUUCUAUAUCUGAGGUGUCUUCUUGUCAACCUUGUUGUCCUGAUGAGGAGAAUGGCAUAACUAUACGACCAGAUUUGGAGGGGACUGACCCGAUCACCAGUAGUUCAAGCUACAUGUUUAGUAAUUAUGAGGAUGCAACUUGUGUUAGCUCAGCAAAUGGUGUUCUAUUUGUGAAUUCAGGUGCUUAUCCCAUGGAAGAUUUGUCUCAUGGAUUUGGGGGUAUGGACACAGCUGGAACUGCUGUAAGCCCUGAAGUUCAGGGCAUCUUGGCAGACCUUAGUGGUGACAUCGAGAGUCACCUCAGAAGUCUUCAAUAUGGUCGGUAUUGCCAGGAGUAUGCCUUCUGUGGUCCUGUUAUGCCAUUUCCUCCACAAUCAUCUUCUCAGUUCCAGAAUAAGCAUGCAUGGGAACCCUUUCAUCAGUCUGUACCAUUUAAACAUAACAUGUUUCCUCAUCCUAAUGCCAAUGGCAAUGUCUCAGGACCAACAUUCUACCCUGGGAAACCUUCCAUGGUGUCCAGUGGUGCUUUUGGUGCAGAAGAAAUGCCUAAGCCACGGGGAACUGGCACAUAUUUCCCCAUCACGAACCAUCGUUCGUACAGGGACAGGCCCACCAUGCCAACCAUGCCCUCCAUGCCCAUGGGGAGGGGAAAGUACCCAGCUCCAGUGUCCCAUGGUCAGAUGCAGAGAUCAUUUCGUUACAAUGACCGGGCUGUAACACUGCCAGACACAAACUGGAUUGAAAAAGGCAGUCAAGAGCAGUUGCCAGUACAAUUCCCGGUUUUUCCUGGCCGUGGGAAGCCUGGAUCACUGGGAUUCAUCCAGUCAGGUCGCCCUACCAUGAAAGGGUUUUCCUCUGCCAAUGGGUUCUCACUGCCUUCUGAGAAACUUGAAUUUGGGUCUUUUGGGCAUCUACCAUUGGGUGCACGCUCGCCAGAUGCGAGCAGACAGCCAGACCCUGGCUCUCCAAAUUCCCAGGUCUCAAUGUCGAGCUUCCGAUCACCAACAAUGCAGAGAUUGAGACCGUCAUCGAGUAUGAAUCAGGAAAGGGUUGCAGUACAAUCAUACCAUCUGAAAGACAAUGAUGAUUUCCCCCCUUUGACCAUUUGAGAGCAGUGGGGAGGGAAUGGUUUAUGUAUAGAUAGAAAGAGAUGAAAAGUCAGAGAGCAACAGUAAAUGCUAACAAAAAACCAGGACAAAGCUUGAACUUUUGCGUGGUUGGCCCCCAACCCGGCUGAUUCAAAGUUUCAGAAAAGGAGUCUUCUUUUUUUUAUUUAAAUUUUCGUGUGGUAAAAAGUAAAAAAAAAAAAGUCUAUGUGUACAUUCUUCUGAUUCUUUUUCUUUUGAGUCUCCAUCUCUUUGCUUUCUGUUUAGGUUAUUUACAAGCAUAGACUCUUUGAUUAUGCAUUUCAGUCUGCUUCACUUUUUUCUCCUCUCACCCUUACUGGGUGAUAUACAAAGAGGUUGGUUGUUGUUGUUAAUGUUUAGAGAGAAUGUACUUUUGUUA